AUGUACACUUCCACUGCCUUGAUCUUAGCCUACAUGGCGAUUCUUCCUCUACUUUCUGCGGCAAAAAUAACCAUUGGACAAGUCGGCCAAGACAACAUAACAAUUGGGAGCGCAUCAAUGCUCUUAACGGACACAAAUCGCCAAGAUCCUUAUAUCAACGAUGGACGAAGCCGCUCAAUCAUGGUUUCAAGCUACUAUCCUGUCCUGAAGUGCACAAAGAAAGGAAUAAAGCCUUAUAUGCCGCCUCAGACAGCCGCUUUCAUGGACAACAAGUUCUCAGUCUACGGCCUCCCCAACGGAACAUUCCCGUCUUUUGAAUUCGAAGCAUGCGAUAUGUCCACAUCCCAAGAUUCAUGUUCUACACCGGCUCUGCCACUUGUGCUGUUUUCUAGUGCGCUAGGUACCAGCAGAUAUCUUUAUAGUAUCAUGCUUCAAAGCAUCGCAUCUUCAGGAUAUCUAGUUAUUUCUAUCGACCAUCCUUACGACGCCGAUAUUGUCGAGUAUCCUAAUGGGACCAUCAUUACCGGUGUUGAUAUUCCUGACGACAAGAUCAAUCAGACAGUCGCCACCCGUGCAGACGACAUCUCGUUUGCCCUCAACAGCCUACACCGAAGCCAUGUUUCUCAGAAACUAUUCCCUAUCCAUACAGAACUUCAAAAAAUCCCUCAAGUAGCUAUUCUGGGUCAUUCUCUUGGGGGUGCGGCUGCAGGAGCAGCGGUACUGCAAAUUCCUUCUGCGCGUGGCGGCAUCAAUCUCGAUGGAACCAUGUUUGGUUCCGUCCUCGAUAAGGGCCUUGAUAGGCCCUUCAUGCUAAUUGGUCAUGCAAACAAGACGCAAGAAACAGAUCCAUCCUGGAAGACGAUGUGGCCGAAGUUGCGAAGCUGGAAGAAAGAGAUUGAGGUCCACAAAUCGGCGCACUAUUCAUUUUCUGACCUUCCGGCACUCAUGAGUGCGUUGGGACUUGGAAGCACACAGGUACCGGCCAUCGGUCACCUGCUAGGUACGAUCGAAGGGAAACGGAUGAUGCAGCUUACAGUUGCUCAUAUCGUUGCUUUUCUCGAUUUCACCCUAAAGUCCCGCGGAAAGAGAGGAUUUACAGAGGCGGCUAGACGAUUCCCAGAGGCUGUGACUGUUGCCUGA